AUGAAGAAUCGAACAGCAAUAACAACCUUCAUCUUGCUGGGACUGACAGAUGACACUCAGCUACAAAUUCUGCUUUUUGUCUUUCUAUUUCUUUCUUACAUGUUGAGUUUAUCUGGAAACCUAACCAUCAUCACCCUCACACUGAUUGAUUCUCACCUUAAAACACCUAUGUAUCUUUUUCUCCAAAAUUUCUCCUUCCUAGAAAUUUCAUUCACAACUGCUUGUGUUCCCAGAUUCUUGUAUAGCAUAUCCUCUGGGGACAAGUCCAUUACCUAUGAUGCUUGUGCCAGCCAACUGUUGUUUACAGACCUCUUUGCUGUAACAGAGUUUUUUCUCCUGGCUACCAUGUCCUAUGACCGCUAUGUGGCCAUCUGUAAACCACUGCAUUACAUGACCAUCAUGAACAGGAGAAACUGCAAGAACGUCAUCCUUUUCUGUUGGAUAGCAGCACUGAUCAUCAUUCUCCCACCAGUUAGUUUGGGUUUGGGCCUCGAAUUCUGUGACUCAAAUAUUAUUGAUCAUUUUUGCUGUGAUGCAUCUCCUAUUCUAAAGAUCUCUUGUUCAGACACAUGGUUGAUAGAGCAGAUGGUGAUAGUGUGUGCCGUGUUGACAUUCAUCAUCACCCUCAUGUGUGUAGUUCUUUCUUACAUUUAUAUCAUCAAAACUAUUCUGAGAAUACCCUCUUCCCAGCAAAGGAAAAAGGCCUUUUCCACUUGUUCUUCCCACAUGAUUGUUGUUUCCAUUACUUACGGUAGUUGCAUCUUCAUUUAUGUCAAGCCUUCAGCAAAGGAUGAGGUGGCUAUUAAUAAAGGGAUUUCACUCCUUAUUACUUCUGUUUCACCAAUGUUGAAUCCCUUUAUUUAUACACUAAGAAACAAGCAAGUGAAGCAAGCUUUCAAUGACUCAAUCAAAAAAAUAGCAUUUCUCUCAAAGAUGUAA